UGGUUUUCAGAUAAAUUUGUAACUCGUGGUGAAAUUCUGAUCGACAAAUGAUACUUUGUAUUUGCUUGCGGAAGCGCCAAUAUAAAGUUGAAGAUAAAAUAGAAAAAUAAAUGUAAAAAUAAACUUUUUGGCUAAUAACGAAAUUUUGUGCAAUACAAAAUUAUAAAUAACUGCAUUGUGAAAAUUGUGAAAUUAUAAAGACGUGAUAAGAAAGUUGCAGUCUGGCGAAAUGUCAUUUUUCGGCGGGAACACUUCAUUAGGUGCUACAAGCACGCCCGCUAAACCCGGCGGCCUCUUCUCAUCAUUCGGCACUGGCAGUACGGCAGCGGCUCCUGGUUUUGGCACCGCAGCAACGUCAGCAGCAGCACCUGCCUUUGGUACAUCAGCUUUUGGUGCUACUGGUUUUGGCGCCGCGGCAACAUCUGCACCCUCCCUAUUUGGUGGUACGGCAACAGCUACCAAUACAACUGGUUUCGGUGGCUUUGGAGCAGCCACAUCUACAGCACCUGCUUUUGGUGGUUUCGGGACUAAUGCCGCCACUAGUGGUUCUGGCUUUGGGGGUUUUGGUGCGACUUCAACGACGUCUACAGCUCCAGCCUUUGGUGGAUUUGGUACACAAACAAAUGCUUUUGGAGGGUUUGGCACCGGCGGCAGUACAUUUGGUUCAAAUUUUGGUAAGCCUGCCGUUACAACUGUUACUCCAGGAUUUGGUGGCUUCAGUGGUGCAACGAAUUUUAUGCUCGGACAACAACAGCAACAAGUGCCCCAACUAUCACCUGAUGAAGCUUUCGCCCAGUCCAUUUUCAAUGUUUCGAUAUACGGCGAUGAGCGCGAUACUCUCAUCGCCAAAUGGAACUACUUGCAGGCCAUGUGGGGUACUGGAAAGUCAUUUUACUCACAAAAUGCGGUGCCGGUGGAAAUUACACCCCAAAACUAUCUAUGUCGUUUUAAGGCAAUGGGCUAUAGUCGCUUGCCAGGCAAAGAUAAUAAAAUGGGAUUGGUCGCCUUAAAUUUUAACAAAUUGUUGGCAGACGUGAAAGUCCAACAGCAGCAAAUUGUCACCUCACUCAAUAGUAUUUUCGGUAAUAAACCAAACCUCGCUAUAAACAUUGAGUCCAUCAAAGAACAUGAGGAGAAAAAAUGUCAAAUAGUAAUAUACCUUGAGGAGCGAUCCCAAAUGGCGCCCAAUGAAACAAAACGUAUACUCGCAACCGAAGUUUCAAACUACCUUAAUCAACCGAAUGUAAAAGCACAAUUAGCCAAUCUUGGUAUCGCAGAAGUGCUGGCGCUGGUGCUGCCCGACGAAGACCAACUAAAAGAAUAUUUGGAGAACCCUCCAAAGGGUAUUGAUCCGCGUAUGUGGGGUCAAGCUAAAGUCGAUAAUCCAGACAAAACGAAGUUCAUACCAGUACCAAUGAUUGGUUUCUAUGACCUCAAAUGGCGAACAAAAUGCCAGGAGACUGAAACGGAAACACAUGCGCUGUAUCUGAAGAAAGUAGAAAAGGAUUUAGCCGCGUUGAGACAACGACAUUCUGCUGCAACAGCAAAAAUAAUGGAGCACAAGCGGAAAUUAGCAGAAUUGAGCCAUGAUAUAUUAAAAAUCAUUGUAAAACAAGAGUGCACACGCAAAAUCGGAUUGGCAUUGACACCAGAAGAGGAGGCGCUACGAACAAAGCUUGAAAAUAUGCAGGCCUUAGUUUCAGCACCAACCCAAUUUAAGGGACGUCUCAGCGAAUUAUUAUCCCAAAUGCGUAUGCAACGCAAUCAAUAUGCUUUCACCGGAGGCAGUGAAUAUGCUAUUGAUAAAGAGAGUGAGGAGGAAAUGAAGUCAUUUUUGGCUAUGCAGCAAAAAGCGAUGGAAGUACUAACAGAUACUGUAACAAAAGACUUGAAAGCUUUACAAAUUAUCAUCGAAGGCAUGCCGGAGUUGGUGCGAGUUUAGAAGUUUUUUGUCUUCGGUUAAUAUAGUGAAACAUCUUUCAUCACACCAUUUUCUCAUCUCUGAAGUCAACAGGGAAGUACUCUUGCCACCCUGGUUCGGGGUUUUGUAUCGGAGCUAAAGGUGUCGAUAUUUGAGCUUCUACUUUUGCAGCUUGUACUACAAGUGCAGUGAGUUUUUCAAUAAAAAAAAACAUAGGCAAUCAUAAUGGAGUUAGCAGUUCAAUCGUUCAUCGAUUUGCUGAGAAUAUAUCUUGCCCCUUGACCACGCCCUCAACUGUUUAAAGAUGCAAUUAUAUAAGAGUAUAAGUUGCUUAAUAUGCUGAUAUUUUGAAUAAUUUAAAAUCAAAUUGGUAUAUACAAAAGGGGUAAUUAUUAUUAUAUUUUGCGUUAUUAGAGCCCAUUUGAUGAGCUUCACUGAAAACUGCUCUCAAUAAUAGUUACAAGAGCAACUCUGCUGCAUCGGUUAGUCCCAGGAGUAUGUCGAAGUGCAUAUAAUAUAAUUAGGCGACACAAUCACUAAAUAUAGAAAUUGCCAUUCCGGCACGAUAUUUACUUAUGUUGUAUGUAUCUAUCCGGAAAUGGACAAAAGAGCACGCUAUAGGCAACAAUGAGUUACAAUUACAAUUCUUUAAAAGAUUAAAAUAAAGAAUUUUUAGAGGACCUUGAGAAUUAGUUAAAUUGAAUAAAUUUGAAGGCAUUGUGAUGGUUUUAAUUUGUAUAAAGUGCAAAGAUAGAUGACUAAGGAGAGGGGAAGACUAUUUGAGAUGAAGGAUGUUGUAAAAUAAGGAAAGUAUUGAGAAAUAAAGAAAAUUUUAAAGAAACAUUUUAUAUUUGAAUUAAGCAAAAAUAAAAAAAAUCACUGAGUUGUCAUUAAAUGAAGAAGAAUA